AUGGAUUCGGCGUUUGUGGACAGAGCUUGGGACAAAUGGGUUACGAGUAAUGUCGGAUCUUCCGGCAAUCCAUUGAAGGCUGCUAUUUUGAUCAACUAUGAUCCUACAGUACCUUCUCGUCUCUUAUCCACAAUAGCUGAGCAAGAAGGGGCUGAUCUCUAUCCAGUUGAGCUAAAGCAAUUCAUCGAUUUCAUGAGACGUGGCAAUCUUCCUACCGAGACCUUUGUUCUUGGAUCCAACCAGUACAUAGUAACAUCGAUUCAUGAGAAUUGGUUUGCUGCUCGGUGCUUAAACACAACCCAGCCUGCUGGCGAAGGAGCUAUUGUGAUGCAGACUUCUGCUUACGUAUUGGUUGCUCUAUAUGAUGGAUCAAUUGGUUCAGCUUCUCAAGCUAUGGCUGCAGCUGAUCUGUUUGCAUCGCAGCUUAGUCGGAAAAACUUCUAG